AUGGUGCUCAUUCUUAAUGACAAUCUCAUUUCCAGCCUUCCAGACAACAUAUUUCGCUUUGCUUCUCUUACCCAUUUGGAUAUAAGGGGAAACAGGAUACAGAAGGUUCCUUAUAUCGGGGUUUUGGAACACAUUGGGAGGAUAGUGGAAUUGCAGCUUGCGGAUAAUCCUUGGAAUUGUACCUGUGAUUUGUUACCCCUCAAAGCUUGGUUGGAGAACAUGCCCUAUAAUAUUUAUAUAGGGGAGGCCAUUUGUGAAACACCCAGUGACUUGUAUGGGAGGCUGUUGAAAGAAACGAACAAACAAGAACUGUGCCCUAUGGGAACAGGGAGCGAUUUUGAUGUCCGCAUGCCUCCAUCACAGAUUGAAAGUGGACAUACCACAUCCAAUGUUGUACCAACUACAAUGCAACACCUCGUUACCAAAGCGCCAAAAACCACCAAUCUUUCAAAAAUAUCAGGAAUUGUUGCCGGCAAGGCACCUUUCAAUCAAAAUCUCAGUCAGAUUAUAUCUUAUCAGACCAGAAUCCCACCCCUAGCACCCUGCCCACUCCCGUGCACUUGCAAAGCCCACCCCUCCGACUUCGGGAUUAGUGUAAGCUGCCAGGAGCGCAAUAUUGAAGACCUUGGUGAGCUGGUGCCCAAACCUCCAAAUGCCAAGAAACUGCACCUCAGUGGCAACUAUGUGAAAGAUAUCAGUCCUACUGACUUCCUUGGCUUUGAAGGCUUAGAUCUGCUGCACCUGGGGAGCAAUCAAAUAGUGACUGUUCAAAAAGGAGUGUUUGCGAAUUUAACCAAUCUACGCAGACUGUAUAUGAAUGGCAAUCAGAUUGAGCAACUGUACCCUGAAAUGUUUCUUGGACUCACUAACCUCCAGUACUUGUACUUGGAAUACAAUGCCAUCAAGGAGGUUUUAACAGGGACAUUUGACUCCAUGCCAAAUCUACAGCUCUUGUAUCUGAACAAUAACGUGUUAAGUAGUCUCCCAUCUUAUAUCUUUGCUGGAGUUUCACUUGCCAGGCUGAACCUGAAGAACAAUCACUUCAUGUAUCUGCCUGUAAGUGGCGUUCUAGACCAGCUGCUCUCCCUCACACAGAUAGAUUUAGAAGGAAACCCCUGGGAUUGCACAUGUGAUUUAGUGGCUUUAAAACUGUGGCUCGAGAAACUGAAUGAGGGAAUUAUAGCCAAAGUAGUAAAGUGUGCGUCCCCAGUUCAGUUUUCUAACAUCGAGUUGAGGUUACUGAAAAAUGAAAUCUUAUGCCCAAAACUUUUAAUGAAGCCACCUUUCAUUCUAACUAGCCUCACUCCAACUAUUACAUCUACAUCACCAGCUGGGCUCAGUAAAGCUCCUCCCGGUGGGCCUGUGCCCUUGUCAAUAAUGAUUCUGAGCAUUUUAGUUGUGCUCAUUUUGACCGUGUUUGUUGCAUUCUGCCUUCUUGUUUUUGUCUUGAGGCGCAACAAAAAUCCCAAUGCAAGGCAUGAAGGCUUAGGGAACCAGGAAUGUGGCUCCAUGCAGCUUCACAUCAGAAAGCACGACCAGAAGACCAAUAAGAUCGAUGACCUUGGAGGAGAGACCUUCAUACCACAAACCAUAGACCACAUGAGCACAAGCCACACCUGCGGGUUACAUGAUUCAGAAUCAGGGUUUAAAUUUGCAGAUUCUCAGAGACAGAAAAUAAUUCUUCGGAAUUGUGCUGACAAGGACACAGACUCGUUUCAUGCAAUGGAUUCAAGGACGAGGCUCAGUACUAUUGAUGAAUUGGAGGAAUUUCUACCGGGAAGGGAUUCCAAUCUGUUUAUUCAGAACUUUUUGGAAAAUAAAAAGGAUUUUAACAGUAUAGGAGUCAGUGGGUUUGAAAUCCGCUACCCCGAAAAGACACAUGACAAAAAGUUGAAAAAAUCUUUAAUAGGUGGCAACCACAGUAAAAUCGUGGUGGAGCAACGGAAGAGUGAAUAUAUGGAAUUGAAAGCAAAACUUCAAGGUACUCCAGACUAUCUUCAAGUGCUCGAAGAACAGACAGCUUUGAACAAAAUCUAGGUCACCCAAUCCUUCAGCAAACACUUCUUUAAUGACAAAAGUGCCUUUUGUUGACUUUAAAAUUCAAGAAAGCAAGCGAUCAUUAGAAAACCAGACAGGUGCUCCCAAGAGCAACUCAAAUCACAGUCACGUUAUUUGCUAAAAAUAAUUGGCUUUUUUACAAGUAAAAUCUUUUUUUUCUCAUAUGGAGACCAUGCAUUUGUCAAAGGGAUGUGAUUUUACACAUGAAACUUUUAAAAGGCACCUUCAAGGGUACUUUGCUGCUAUUAAAGUCAGUACAAUAGUAUAUCUAUCUAUCUAUAUCUAUCUAUCUAUGU